AUGGCUCGUUCGGUUUGCGAAGACCAAAGCUGCCAGGACGAAGUGUUUCCAUUAGCGAUCUCAUAUCUGGAUCGUUUCUUAAGCAUCUGUAUGGUGGGGAAGAGCCAGCUUCAACUCCUCGGGACGGCCUGCCUAUUACUGGCUUCCAAAUUGAGAGAGCCGAGCUCACGCGGUCUUCCUGCUGAAUUGUUGGUCUUCUAUACCGCCAACAGCAUCACGCUGUCAGAUUUAUGUAGCUGGGAGUUGCUAGUGCUGUCCAAGUUGAAAUGGGACGUGGCCGGGGUCACGGCGCAUGACUUCCUGCCGCUGCUGCUCUCACGACUGCCGCUGAGAGGUCAAGCUGAUGCCGAAAUGGUUCGGAGACACGCACAGACCUUCAUCUCGCUAGCGGCCAGAGAGACGGACUAUGGAGAGAAAGAGAGAGAAGUUCCAUUAUCGGAUACGGUUGUAGCCUCUACGCGUCGAUGUGUGCUGUCUUUGUUGCUACGAGGCAUUGACGAGAAAAGCCUCAACGACUACGAGUUCACCUUGUACUCCGCCAGUACGCUGGCCUCUUGCUGCAUCGCUGCAGCGCUGAGAGGCUUGGAGCAAGACGGACAGCUGCAACGCUUGCACGAGCUUACCGGCAUCGAUUUGGACUGUCUACAGACCUGUCUCGAACAGAUCGAAGAUAUGGUGCAGACGGUCAUCCGUGAGAGUGUAGCGAGCGUCCCAAACGGCCCGGGGCUGGAGGCGACGAGUUGGUCGUCUCCCGGCCAGGACAAGACUCAUAGCAACGCGGCCACACCCACUGACGUCAGAGAUGUGCACUUCUGA